AUGUCUGGCCAAGCCCAUCAUCUUGCCUCAGAUACGGACUCUGACUCUGAAUCCGAUGGCGGCAUGCAACUCGACGACCUAGACCUAGAUGACCUGGAUCGCGUCGACGGCAUACCAAUGUACGACAGCGACGGCGGACUUCUAGGUGAUAUUCCAAACGUGGAUGGUACACCAAUUUACCGUUCUGAUUCAGAUGGUGAUGAUAUUUGGGGCGUGAACGGCAACACCUCAAAUGCACCAGACCAGGGGAGAUUCUCUGGCCGUGCUCAAAACCCCCUCACAACCUCAUACAACCGCGCCGGUCCAGACGGUAUGACAGAACCCCAAACCGCCUUUGAAAAAGAUGCCCGCACGCGCUCGCAUCUCCGCGAUGAAAAGCACGCCGCUCUGGCCGUCCUCAUGGACAGUGAGUUGUUAGUAACAUAUGCGCUUGCCUCGCGAGAAACAAUCCCCCAAACCCGCCGCCGCUUCCUGGCAAGAUAUCUCGCGCCCAACGAUCCAGAAAAAGCAGAAGAACUCUACGACCCGCGAUUCUACAUCGCACCUGACGGGAAGGGAGGGGAAGGAUCGCUUAUUCGGGGCCGGUACCGGGAGGUUAUUGGGGAUAUUAAUGAUCACGGCUGGCAUAAGCCGGCGCAUUUGAGGAUGAUGGAUGCGAAGAAGGCCAGGGGUGGGUCGCGGUCUGUUUCGGCUUCGGGGGCUUUUUCGGGUGCCAAUUCGCCAAGGAGGGUUGCUGGGGAGGGAGUGGGGACGGGUUCGGGGAGAGAUCAGGAUCAGGGUAUGGAAGACGAGGAUGAUGAGCUAUGA